CGCAGGGAUCCGGGCCGCGGUGCUGAGGCCGCCUGUCAGUCAGUGCGGCGGCGCCGGGACGCGGCCGGAGCGCAGCCGGCAGAAGGCGGUGUAGGGAGCGCGCGGUAACGGAGACGGAGCGCGGCCGGCAGCGGGAGGAGCGGCGAGGGAAGGCGAGAGGGGAAAAAGGGAAAAUAAACGUAAAAGAAGCGAGCUGCGUUUCUUCCGAACUGCAGGAAAAGGCUAUUUCACGACCGGCUCCCUGUCCCCUCGGUCGGCUGCGAUGCUGCUAGCCACCGUGUUGCCCUGGACGUUGGUUUUGCUUGGAACCGCAGCCUCUCUACAAGUGGACAUUGUUCCAAGCCAGGGAGAGAUCAGCGUUGGAGAAUCAAAGUUCUUCUUAUGCCAAGUGGCAGGGGAGGCCAAAUACAAAGACAUUUCCUGGUUUUCCCCUAAUGGUGAGAAGCUGACGCCGAACCAACAGCGCAUCUCAGUGGUGCGAAACGAUGACUUCUCCUCCACCCUCACCAUCUACAACGCCAACAUUGAUGAUGCUGGCAUCUAUAAAUGCGUUGUCAGUAGCAUGGAGGAGGGAGACUCCGAGGCCACCGUCAAUGUGAAAAUUUUCCAAAAACUGAUGUUCAAGAAUGCUCCCACUCCUCAGGAAUUCAAGGAAGGGGAUGAUGCUGUGAUUGUGUGUGAUGUGGUCAGCUCACUGCCUCCUACCAUCAUUUGGAAGCACAAAGGCAGGGAUGUUAUCCUAAAAAAAGAUGUUCGAUUUAUAGUCCUGUCCAACAACUACCUGCAGAUCCGGGGAAUCAAGAAAACGGAUGAAGGGACAUACCGCUGUGAGGGCCGGAUCUUGGCUCGUGGGGAGAUCAACUUCAAAGAUAUUCAGGUCAUCGUAAAUGUACCUCCUUCUGUGCGUGCCAGGCAGAGCACUAUGAAUGCCACUGCCAACCUCAGCCAGUCUGUCACCUUAGCAUGUGAUGCCGAUGGCUUUCCUGAGCCAACAAUGACGUGGACAAAGGAUGGAGAGCCAAUAGAAGAGGCUGAUGAUGAAGAGAAAUACAGUUUUAAUUAUGAUGGGUCUGAGCUCAUCAUCAAGAAGGUGGAUAAGAGCGAUGAAGCAGAAUACAUCUGCAUUGCUGAGAACAAGGCUGGCGAGCAAGAUGCCACCAUUCAUCUCAAAGUCUUUGCAAAACCCAAAAUCACUUAUGUGGAAAAUAAAACAGCCAUGGAGCUGGAGGAUCAGAUUACACUGACCUGUGAGGCAUCUGGGGACCCAAUCCCUUCCAUCACUUGGAGAACUUCCACCCGGAACAUCAGCAAUGAAGAGAAGGCUUCGUGGACCCGACCCGAGAAACAAGAGACCCUGGAUGGGCGCAUCAUAGUACGUAGCCAUGCCCGGGUGUCAUCCCUGACUCUCAAAGACAUUCAGUACACAGAUGCCGGAGAAUAUGUAUGUACAGCCAGCAACACCAUCGGGCAGGACUCCCAAGCCAUGUAUCUUGAAGUGCAGUAUGCCCCCAAGCUUCAGGGCCCCGUGGCUGUCUAUACCUGGGAAGGGAAUCAAGUGAACAUCACCUGUGAGGUAUUUGCUUACCCCAGUGCUGUCAUCUCCUGGUUCCGGGAUGGACAGCUGCUUCCCAGCUCGAACUACAGCAACAUCAAGAUCUACAACACUCCAUCAGCAAGCUAUCUGGAGGUGACACCAGACUCUGAAAAUGACUUUGGGAACUAUAACUGCACUGCUGUGAACCGCAUUGGCCAGGAGUCCUCAGAGUUCAUUCUUGUGCAGGCAGAUACUCCGUCCUCUCCUUCCAUUGACAGAGUGGAGCCGUAUUCCAGUACUGCCCAGGUGGAGUUUGAUGAGCCUGAAGCUACUGGCGGGGUGCCCAUCCUCAAGUACAAAGCAGAGUGGAGGGCACUGGGCGAGGGAGAAUGGCAUUCGAGGCUGUAUGAUGCAAAAGAAGCGAAUGUGGAGGGCAUGAUCACUAUCACUGGCCUGAAACCUGAAACAACCUACUCUGUGAGACUGUCUGCUGUCAAUGGCAAGGGCGUGGGUGAGAUCAGCCUGCCAUCCGACUUCAAGACACAACCAGUUCGCAUCCCUCACCCACGGGAACCCAGUGCACCCAAACUGGAAGGUCAGAUGGGAGAAGAUGGAAACUCCAUUAAAGUGAAUGUUAUCAAGCAGGAUGAUGGUGGCUCCCCAAUUAGACAUUAUCUGAUCAAAUACAAAGCUAAGCAUUCCUCAGAAUGGAAACCAGAGAUCAGACUUCCAUCUGGCAGUGACCACGUCAUGCUCAAGUCCCUGGACUGGAAUGCGGAGUAUGAGGUUUAUGUGAUAGCUGAAAAUCAGCAAGGGAAGUCCAAACCAGCUCACUAUGCUUUCCGAACUUCUGCUCAGCCUACUGUCAUCCCAGCCAGCACUAGCCCAACAUCAGGCCUUGGGACUGCUGCCAUCGUAGGAAUUCUCAUUGUUAUCUUUGUGCUGCUCCUGGUGGCUGUGGAUGUCACCUGCUACUUCCUGAACAAGUGUGGCUUGCUGAUGUGCAUUGCUGUCAACUUGUGUGGCAAAUCUGGCCCAGGAGCAAAGGGCAAAGACAUGGAGGAGGGCAAAGCUGCCUUCUCGAAAGAUGAGUCCAAGGAGCCAAUUGUGGAGGUGCGGACUGAAGAGGAGCGGACCCCCAACCACGAUGGGGGAAAACACACAGAGCCCAAUGAGACCACCCCACUCACGGAGCCAGAGCACCCUGCUGAUACCGCAGCCACUGUUGAGGACAUGCUGCCUUCUGUAACUACGGGCACCACUAACUCUGACACUAUCACUGAAACCUUUGCCACUGCUCAGAACAGCCCCACCAGCGAGACCACUACGCUGACCUCCAGUAUUGCCCUGCCAGCCACGGCCAUUCCUGACUCAAACUCCAUGUCGCCUGGCCAGGCUACUCCAGCCAAAGGGGCAGCCACCUCAGUCUCUUCACCGCCACCCUCUUCUACCCCCAAAGUGGCCCCCCUUGUUGAUCUCAGCGAUACCCCGAGUGCUGCUCCAGCUACUAAUAAUCUGUCUUCAAGUGUCCUGUCUAACCAAGGUGCAGUGCUCAGCCCCAGCUCUGUUGCUAACGUGGCUGAGACCUCCAAAGUGGCAGCUGGUAACAAGCCAGCUGCCCCAAGUCCUGCAAACCUCACUAGCCCUCCAGCUCCAUCAGAGCCCAAGCAGGAGGUCUCGAGCACCAAGAGCCCUGAAAAGGAAGCUGUGCAGCCCAGUACAGUGAAGAGCCCAACAGAAACAACCAAGAACCCAAGCAAUCUGAAGAGCGAGGCUGCUUCAGGCAGCACCACAAACCCCUCCCAGAAUGAGGACUUUAAAAUGGACGAAGGGACCUUCAAGACACCAGACAUUGAUCUUGCAAAGGAUGUUUUUGCAGCUCUUGGCACUCCUACUCCUGCCAGUGUGACUAGCGGGCAAGCUCGCGAGCUUGCUUCUUCCACUGCAGACAGCUCAGUACCUGCUGCACCUGCAAAGACCGAGAAAACCCCAGUAGAAGACAAAUCUGAAGUGCAAGCAACGGAAACCAAGACACCUCCAGCAGAAGUCAAGACGGUCCCCAAUGAAGCCACACAAACAAACGAAAAUGAGAGCAAAGCAUGAUCCAGCGACAGAUGAAAGCAAAUGACAGAACGACUUCACCCAAGCAUUUAAACCACAGAACACAACACGCAUCUCAUUCCUCUAGUGUCUGUUGCCUUUUUUUAAAAAAACAAGCAAAACAGAAAAUGCAUAAAUGGGGGGAGGGGGGAAUCUCUCUUUUUUUUUUUUUAUUUUUCCUCUUUUUUUUUUGUUUGUUUGUUUUUCCUUAAGAUUUCUAGAAAGGUUCUAUUUGUUGUGCACUUGCUUUUAAAAAGUAAUACAUUUUCAAAAACAGGGUUAAACCCGUAACCAAAUCAGGGCUCCGCUGACCCUGUGUAUAGUCCAAGAAGUCAGAUGGCAAAUCCCGUUUGCAGCGUGGUUGGGAAGCUCAAAAAGAACUAGUCCUAGACAAAAAAAAAAAAAAAGAAAAAAAGAAAAAAAAGAGAUAAAAAAAGACAAAAAAAAAAUAAAGACCCUGUUCUUUCCUUCGUUAGUAUAGCAGAUAUAAACCACUGCGCCCCUCAGCGCAGCGGGCGCUUAAUGAACAAAGUCCACAAUUUAUUUUUAUACUUUUCAGUCGAGUUUGAAAUAUGUAAAGCCUCAUAAAUAAGUUAUGAUUUCCGUUCACCUUGUAUCUGUUCAGUAAGCAAAGUGUCUCGAGCUCUUUGUGACUGAAUUCUGUUCUCCACGGUAGGCAUUUCUUUGGGGGUUAUUCUCAGUUGUUAGGAAGAAUGCCAAAAUUGCAGCUUCGGGGGGGGGGGAUAUAUUUCAAUUUGCAGUAUUCAGACUCUACAUUUCUUUAAAUUUUAUGUUAAUUUUUGCCAACUUUUGGUUUUUCCAGUGUUUACAAUUGACAAUUUUUAUUUUUUUUUAACUUUUGUUGUGUUUAAAUGUAUGUGUAAAAUAGCUGCCUUUUUUUUGUUGUUUUUUUUUAAAGAAAAUACAGUCUAUAGACACUAGGUUAGCAGCAUGCUUGCUUUGCUAAGGGAGACAUUUUAAAACAUGGAUGUUUACAGUAGUUGUUUCCCCUUUAUCUUUUCUUAAUUAUUGUUGUUGUUAUUAUGAUUAUUAUUAUUAUUAUUAUUAUUUCUUACUGGAGUAAGAAGAAAAGUAAUGCUGGGAUUUGGUUUGGGGUUUUUUUGGGGGGUGGGGGUAUUCAAACCAUUUGCCACCAAUCAAGGUCUUUAUCCAGCAAUCUGUAUAAACACAUCUUAACUUGGAAUGAGAGGGUUGCUGGUAAGAGUCCUUCUAUACUUAAAUUUAGAGAGUUGAAGUCCCUUGCUGGACCUGGGCCUGACUGCAUAAGAGAAAUAUCAUCUCUGCUUAUUUAGGACAUUCUCCCCUUUCCUUCCUGGAACCCUCCCGGAGCUUUGAGGAGCAGAAGGGAGCUUGUACAGUUAGGGCUGGUCUGGUCUCAUCUCAGAUGUUUGGCUACAUCAAUACCUACUUAGUAUGUGAGUGAAUACCAUUUCCUUUGACUGUAGGAAGCAGAUUUAAAAGCAAAGACUUACUGCAUAAGGGUGCUUGGCAGCAUCCAAGACCCCUCCUGCAAAGCCAGCUCCAUCAGCAGUUGGACUAGAUGAUCGUUGUAGGUCCCUUCCAACUGAAUUAUUCUAUCACAUCAUGCAUAUUGAGUCAUCCAUCCAUUCUCUGCAAAAUCAAAAACCAUGAAAUCAAGAGGGAGUGCUUGGAAAUCAGCGCCAGCACUCCCAGUGAUUUCACGUGUCUUGGCAUAACAGUUGGAAAAGGGGGCUGAUGUAUGUGUAUUAUCGUUAUGGGCAGGGGAGCUUAUCAGUGAUGUUUAGCAUUGGGAGCCAUGGAGCAACACUGAGAUUUUUGGGGUGAAAAGAGCAGAAGGAAGGCAUAUAGGAGAAGACCAGCCCAUUGUAUAGAGAUGUUCCUUCUGUGGGGGUUUGGUUUUUUUCUCUCUUUUUUUAGUUGUUUGGUUUUUUCUUUAUUUUGUUUUUUAUUCUACUUUAGAUCUGCAAGCUUGUGCACUGUGGGUGCGUGACUAUUUUAGUGUGAAACGUGUUUUUUGUCAUAGUAUUGAAAUAAUAAAAGCUUCAACAUAGUUUGGAUGUGGAAGGUGUAGCGAUAGUUCAGAUUCAAAAGCAAAUAUUCAGGAAAAAAGAAAAA